ACAAGCGUCUCGCCAGUAUCACCCAGUGGAAUGGAGUGCCACCCGAGGGUGAUAGAACGACGGAAGUAUCGGAAGAGUGCGCAAACGCAGUGGCAACAUUUUCUGGCGGAGGGGGGUUCACGGUUCGAGCAAAUCUUUUCCCUCCUCCUACUCUCCUAUCCGUCUGAUCCCCGAGCACGGCAAGCCCUCGCCUCAAAAACCCGGCAGAGUUUGGGUGGUAAUCUCACAGGUCAUUCGAGCACGCCCGGAUGCACACGGGGCAUUUCCAGAGGUCCUCCUGCGUGUGUUGUGUGUGUAUGUGUGUGUGGCUUUUUUGUUUUAACUUCUUCUUCUCUUAGUGGACGUUAUUGCAUCAACAGUGCGGUGAGCCGAAACAAUUUGGAUUUCUCUUCUUCGUCGACCGAACAGAAAAAAUCAGUGCGGGUUGCGGUUUGUCCGGCUGCCAUUCAAUUUCGUCGGGUUAUCUCCAGUCUGGAAUCUUCAAUAGUCUUUGCCGCCUCUCUCAGUGCCAUGACACUCAGGGUGCUGACGCUGCUGAUGAAGAUAAGAAGAUAAUCAUCAACCCGCAAUAACGCGCGCGCCAUGGAUGGUGAGAAUCGAAUCAUUCUCAACGUGGGCGGCUUCCGCUUCGAGACUUACCGGACGACGCUGAAGAAGAUCCCGGCCACUCGACUCUCACGGCUGACGGAAGCCCUGGCCAACUACGAUCCGGUGCUCAACGAGUUCUUCUUCGACCGCCAUCCGGGUGUCUUUGCCCAGAUCCUCAACUACUACAGGACGGGCAAACUUCAUUACCCGACCAACGUUUGCGGGCCCUUGUUCGAGGAAGAACUCGAAUUCUGGGGCCUCGAUGCCAAUCAGGUGGAGCCAUGCUGCUGGAUGACCUACACUGUCCAUCGAGACACCCAGACUACGUUGGCCAUUCUGGACAAGUUGGACAUCGAGACGGACAAGCCGAGCCAAGAGGAAGUGGCCCGCAGGUUCGGCUACGAGGAGGCCUACCACAAGGGCCGUCUCAACUGGUGGCAACGUACCAAACCAAAGAUCUGGUCGCUUUUCGACGAGCCUUACUCUUCCAACUCAGCCAAGAUCGUCGGCUUGGUUUCGGUGUUUUUCAUCUGCGUCUCGAUCCUGUCGUUCUGCCUGAAGACGCAUCCCAACUUGCGAGUGCCCGUCAUACGUAACGUCACGAUCGACUGGUCGAGAUCGGUCGUGGCUUCGCCCGGCGGAGUCCUGGACAUUUACCAGCGAUUCCGACAUCAAUAUCCGACUCGGCACAGCAACUGGACAACCAGUUGGACAUUGGACAAGACCCGCACCGAGCCCCAUCAAGCCUUCUUCUUUGUCGAACUGAUGUGCAAUGUCUGGUUCACGCUGGAAUUUACGGUCCGUUUCGUCGUGUGCCCAAACAAGUGCAUCUUCGCCCGGUCGCUAGUCAACAUCAUCGACUUGGUAGCCACUCUCUCAUUUUACACCGACAUUCUCCUACAGGAGCUGGCCCAUCAUGUGGACAACGCCGACAUCCUGGAAUUCUUUUCCAUCAUUCGAAUUCUGCGUUUGUUCAAAUUAACGCGCCAUUCACCCGGCCUGAAAAUCCUGGUGCACACGUUCAAAGCCUCGGCCAAAGAGCUGACGCUCCUCGUCUUCUUUCUCGUCCUGGGCAUUGUCGUCUUCGCCAGUCUCGUCUACUACGCCGAACGGCUCCAGGCCAAUCCCGACAACAAUUUCAAGAGCAUCCCGGAAGGUCUUUGGUGGGCCAUCGUCACCAUGACAACGGUGGGCUACGGAGAUAUGGCACCCAAAACGUACGUGGGAAUGUUUGUCGGUGCCCUUUGCGCUUUGGCUGGCGUGUUGACCAUCGCCCUGCCGGUCCCUGUCAUCGUCUCCAAUUUCUCAAUGUUCUACAGCCACACGCAGGCGCGCUCUAAAUUGCCUAAAAAAAGACGCAGCGUCUUGCCUGUGGAGCAGAUCCGGCGGAAGCAACAACAGCAAAAUCGAAACGAUGGCGGCGGCGGUGGUGGUGGCGGCCUCCAGCGGCGGAUGAACGCUUUCAAGCACAAUCCUCCAGCCAUGUUGCUCAAGGAUGCCAUGGCCGUUACUUUCGGUGCCGCGGGUGCUUGUAAUAAUGUCAACGUCACAGCGGCGGCAGCGGCGGCCAAUAAGCUGCCCGGCUGCACCAGUUCCGUGGCAUCCAUUCAAGUACAACCGAUGCUUCCGAUGCUUCCGGGCCGCCCAUCAGCCGCCUUCGAUUUCACCGCCCUGGGACUCAUGGCCAAGAUUAUUGAAUCACCGCCUUUAGUGACACUCCAAGUGGCUGGUAAGAGUCCGUCGUCGUCGCUGGCCUGCCUCCAGCCGUUGCAGGACGGACUGCAGGCCAUGGCUCGUCAUUCAUCUCCACCGGUGGUGGUGGCCCCGGCCCAGGUGCCGACGUUGGACGUUGACGUUGAAGCUUCAAGCAACGCCAACGACGUCAAAAUCAACGGAAAUCAUCUGGCGGCCGAUGCGGAGAUGACGUCGAUAAGUGAAGCCGGCAAAGAUUUGCUGAUCGAUCAGCUGCUGGCUGCUCCUCCCGCUCCCUCGUUCAGCUGAGAGCACUUCAGAGACUGAUGUGCUGGGGAUGGCGCAUGCUGUGCUGUGUGCAUCAUAUGGUCCAUUUCGUCCCCUUUCUUUCUUUCUCUUCUUCUUCUUCUUCUUCUUCUUCUUCAACCCUCAUGUUCCUAUAACCGCCACACCAAUCGAUUAGAUUCAAUCUACUCUUUGCUGCCAAUGCUGAUGCGAUGCCCUAGAUAUAUAUAACUAGACUCUGGUCCUCUUUUAGCUAUUUCUUUUUCUCUCUCUUGAUUCUUGUUUCUAGUUUUAUUUUCUUCUCUUUCCUCGUUGACGGACGCCAAAUCAUCAAUCAAAUAUGGGGAGAAACAUUCAAAUUGAUCCAAUUUGUGAACGUGUCGAUAUAUUUAUAUAUAAUUAUAUAUACAUAUUUAGAUUUGGCUUUCUUGUAUAUUUGUUUUAACACCCUUAUACACCAUGUGUGAUUGAAUAUUUUUGUUUCGUUGAUUUCAGAAAUUUUGCUAUGAAAAUAUUAUUUCGUUCUGUGACUUUUUGGACGCUGGAAAAUUACUUAUUUAGCCCAAAAAAUACGCACAUUCAGAUCUUGGCCAUUUUGAAAUGCCCUCUCAUACCGAAAUGCCAUUUCAGCUCUCCCGUGUACAUAGAUGAUUCUCCGUGAAGCACGUCUAUAUCCAAUGCAGAAUCAACAGAGCAAGGGCAAUUUUCUCGGAAAAAGACCCACAAAAAGGAUAUCGAAUGUGCGUAUGGGAUGAAUGGCUUCGGUAUAUACAGAGUCGCAGCAGUCAAAUGUCAAGCUGAUGAAGCAUGUCUCAAUAAAUGCUGAAUAUAAAUUCA